CGAUAAUGCUGUCUCGGCGUGCAGGGUCGCUGAUGGCGCCUGUCCGGGCGACGAGCAGGCGCCUCGCCUCGUCCAAAAUCAUGUACACGCACACGGACGAGGCACCGGCGCUGGCGACCUAUGCCUUCCUCCCGGUGGCACGCCGAAUGGCGAAAUGGGCCGACAUUGAGCUCGAGCUGGCCGACAUCUCGGUCGCCGGGCGGAUCCUCGGCGCGUUUGCCGACGUCCUGCCGCCCGAGCAGCGCAAGCCCGACACGCUCAGCGAGCUCGGCAAGCUCGCAAAGACUGCGGAGGCCAACAUCGUCAAGCUUCCGAAUGUGUCUGCGUCUGUGCCGCAGCUGGUGGAGGCUGUCGCCGAGCUGCAGGCCAAGGGGUUCGCGCUGCCCGAUUUCGUGCAGUCGCCGAGCACCGCGGCGGAGAAGGACGCGUACAAGCGCUACGCUACGGUCCUCGGCUCGGCCGUCAACCCGGUCCUGCGCGAGGGCAACUCUGACCGGCGCGUCGCGCCGCCCGUCAAGGCGUACGCGCAAAAGAACCCGCACCGGCUGGGGAAGUGGAAGCCGGAGAGUCGGACGCGCGUGGCGCACAUGGAGGAUGGCGACUUCUACUCCUCCGAGCAGUCCCACGUGCAGGGGCCCGCCGCGGGCUCGGUGCGCAUCGAGCUCGUCAAGAGCGACGGCUCGAUCGAGGUGCUCAAGCCCGAGGUCAAGCUCGAGGCGGGCGAGGUGAUCGACUCCACCCGGAUGGACGUGGCCAAGCUGCGCGCCUUCUACGAGGCGGCGCUGCAGCAGGCAAAGAGCGAGGGCAUGAUGGUCUCGCUCCACCUCAAGGCGACCAUGAUGAAGAUCUCGGACCCAAUCCUCUUCGGGCACGCGGUCACCGUCUUCUUCAAGGACCUGGUCGACCCCACUACUGAGGCGGGCAAGGCGGUCGCCGCGGCCGGCUUCAACCCGAACAACGGCCUCGGCGACCUGUACGAUCGGAUGGAGGCGAUGAGCGCGCCGGACAAGGCGGCGGUCCAAAAGGCGAUCGACGCGUGCUACGCGUCGCGGCCCGGGCUGGCGAUGGUCGACUCGGCGCGCGGCAUCACCAACCUGCACGUGCCCUCGGACGUCAUCAUCGACGCGUCGAUGCCGUGCGUCGUGCGCGACAGCGGCAAGAUGUGGAACAAGGAGGACGCGCUCGAGGAUGUCAUCUGCAUCAUCCCCGACCGCUGCUACGCGACGAUGUACGAGGCGUGCCUGCAAGACUGCCGCAAGAAUGGCCAGUUCGACGUGUCGACGAUGGGCUCCGUGUCCAACGUCGGGCUGAUGGCGAAGAAGGCCGAGGAGUACGGCUCCCACGACAAGACCUUCGAGCUGCCCUGCGCUGGCAAGGUGCAGGUGGUGGACAACCAGAGCCAUGAGGUCGUCAUGGCGCACGACGUGGCUGCGGGCGACAUCUGGCGGAUGUGCCAGACCAAGGACGCGCCCAUCCGCGACUGGGCACCGCCUCGAUGGCGCACCAAGGGGCCGCGAGUGCGGCUCGCCGUCGCGCGCGCACGCGCGACCGGCGACGCCGCCAUCUUUUGGCUCGAUCCGAGCCGCGCCCACGACCAAUCGCUGAUUGCGAAGGUCGAGACGUACCUCAAGGACCACGACACAGCCGGCCUCUACCUCUCCGUCAAGAAGCCGGUCGACGCGAUCGACGAGUCGAUGGCGCGCGCGCGCGCCGGCAAGGACACCAUCUCGGUGACGGGCAACGUGUUGCGCGACUACCUGACCGACCUCUUCCCCAUCAUCGAGCUGGGCACGAGCGCCAAGAUGCUCUCCAUCGUGCCCCUCCUUGCGGGCGGCGGCCUCUUCGAGACGGGCGCCGGAGGCUCGGCGCCGAAGCACGUGCAGCAGUUCGUGCAGGAGGGGCACCUGCGGUGGGACUCGCUCGGCGAGUACCUCGCGCUCGCCGUCUCGCUCGAGGACCUCGCCGCCAAGGGCAACCCGAAGGCGCAGGUGCUCGGAGACGCCCUCAACGAGGCCAUCGGGCAGCUGCUCGACGAGCGAAAGUCGCCCUCGCGCAAGGUGAAUGAGAUCGACAACCGUGGCUCGACCUUUUUUAUCGCCAAGUAUUGGGCGUCGGCGAUGGCAGACCGCGACGACACCUUCUCCGAGCUCGCGAAGAGCCUGAGCGCCAAUGAGGAGGUGAUAGCCGCGGAGCUGAUCGAGUGCCAGGGGGGCGCGCAGGACAUCGGCGGCUACUGGCUGCCCGACCCUGCCAAGGCGGACGCGGCGAUGCGCCCUUCAAAGACGCUGAACAAGAUCAUCAGCACGUGAGACUCCCCGGGCGGCGAGCUCACCGUCGGAGGCGUCGAGGCUGUCGCGUGGUGGCACACACCACAGCUGGCGGGCGUGUCUGAGAGCCCGUUUACUACACGCCGAGCAUGUGCUUCCUCGGAGUUCCAUCGUUUUCUGACUAUUUUAUUAGACCAGCGAGACCCG